AUGCCGGCCUACUUCCAGAGGCCGGAAAAUGCCCUCAAACGCGCCAACGAAUUUCUUGAGGUUGGCAAAAAGCAACCUGCUUUGGAUGUUCUUUAUGAUGUUAUGAAAAGCAAGAAACAUAGAACAUGGCAGAAAAUACACGAACCAAUCAUGUUGAAAUACUUGGAACUUUGUGUGGAUCUUCGCAAAAGCCAUUUGGCUAAAGAAGGAUUAUACCAGUAUAAGAACAUUUGUCAACAGGUGAACAUCAAAUCUCUAGAGGAUGUCGUGAGGGCAUAUUUGAAAUUGGCAGAGGAAAAAACUGAAGCAGCUAAAGAAGAAUCCCAGCAGAUGGUCUUAGACAUAGAAGAUCUGGAUAAUAUUCAAACUCCUGAGAGUGUUCUCCUAAGUGCUGUAAGUGGCGAAGACACUCAGGAUCGUACUGACAGGUUACUUUUAACUCCAUGGGUUAAAUUCCUGUGGGAAUCAUACAGACAGUGUUUGGACCUUCUUCGAAACAAUUCUAGAGUAGAGCGUCUCUACCAUGAUAUUGCCCAACAAGCUUUCAAAUUCUGCCUCCAGUACACCCGGAAGGCUGAAUUCCGUAAGCUGUGUGACAAUUUGAGAAUGCACUUGUCUCAGAUUCAACGCCACCACAAUCAAAGUACAGCAAUCAACCUUAACAAUCCAGAGAGCCAGUCUAUGCAUUUGGAGACCAGGCUUGUUCAGUUGGACAGUGCUAUCAGCAUGGAGUUGUGGCAGGAAGCAUUCAAAGCUGUUGAAGACAUUCAUGGACUAUUCUCUUUAUCUAAAAAACCACCUAAACCUCAGUUGAUGGCAAAUUACUAUAACAAAGUCUCAACUGUCUUUUGGAAAUCUGGAAAUGCUCUUUUUCAUGCGUCUACGCUCCAUCGUCUUUACCAUCUAUCUAGAGAAAUGAGAAAGAAUCUUACCCAAGAAGAGAUGCAAAGAAUGUCUACUAGAGUGCUUUUGGCUACUCUUUCCAUCCCUAUCACCCCUGAGCGUACUGAUAUUGCUCGACUUCUGGAUAUGGAUGGUAUCAUAGUUGAAAAACAACGUCGCCUUGCAACACUGCUAGGUCUUCAAGCCCCACCAACACGAAUUGGUCUUAUUAACGAUAUGGUCAGAUUCAAUGUACUACAAUACGUUGUCUCGGAAGUGAAAGACCUUUACAAUUGGUUGGAAGUAGAAUUUAACCCCCUAAAACUCUGUGAGAGAGUCACAAAGGUUCUAAAUUGGGUUAAGGACCAACCUGAAAAGGAACCAGAGCUGCAGCAGUAUGUCCCACAGCUGCAAAACAACACCAUCCUCCGUCUUCUGCAGCAGGUGGCACAAAUUUAUCAGAGCAUUGAGUUUUCUCGUUUGACUUCUCUGGUUCCUUUUGUUGAUGCUUUCCAAUUGGAACGUGCUAUCGUAGAUGCAGCCAGGCACUGCGACCUGCAGGUUCGUAUUGACCACACUUCUCGGACCCUUAGUUUUGGAUCUGAUUUGAAUUAUGCUACUCGAGAAGAUGCUCCACUUGGUCCUUAUUUGCAAAGUAUGCCUUCGGAACAGAUAAGAAACCAGCUGACAGCCAUGUCCUCAGUACUCGCAAAAGCACUUGAAGUCAUUAAACCAGCUCAUAUAUUGCAAGAGAAAGAAGAACAACACCAGUUGGCUGUUACUGCAUACCUUAAAAAUUCACGGAAAGAGCAUCAGCGUAUCCUUGCUCGCCGUCAGACAAUUGAGGAAAGGAAAGAGCGGCUUGAGAGUCUGAAUAUUCAGCGUGAGAAAGAAGAAUUGGAGCAGAGGGAAGCUGAACUCCAGAAAGUACGGAAGGCUGAAGAAGAGAGGCUAAGACAGGAGGCAAAAGAGAGAGAGAAGGAACGUAUCUUACAAGAACAUGAACAAAUCAAAAAGAAAACUGUUCGAGAGCGGCUGGAACAGAUCAAGAAAACAGAACUGGGUGCCAAAGCAUUCAAAGAUAUUGAUAUUGAAGAUCUUGAAGAACUGGAUCCAGAUUUCAUCAUGGCUAAGCAGGUUGAACAACUAGAGAAAGAAAAGAAGGAACUUCAGGAACGCCUGAAGAAUCAAGAAAAGAAGAUUGAUUAUUUUGAAAGAGCUAAACGUUUGGAAGAAAUCCCUUUAAUAAAAAGUGCUUAUGAAGAACAGAGAAUUAAAGACAUGGAUCUGUGGGAACAACAAGAAGAAGAAAGAAUUACUACUAUGCAGCUAGAACGGGAAAAGGCUCUUGAACACAAGAAUCGAAUGUCACGAAUGCUUGAAGACAGAGAUUUAUUUGAAAUGCGACUCAAGGCAGCACGACAGUCUGUUUAUGAGGAAAAACUUAAACAGUUUGAAGAGCGAUUAGCAGAAGAAAGGCAUAAUCGCUUGGAAGAACGUAAAAGGCAACGUAAAGAAGAACGCAGAAUAACCUACUAUAGAGAAAAGGAAGAGGAAGAGCAAAGAAGGGCAGAAGAGCAAAUGCUAAAAGAGCGUGAAGAGAGAGAACGUGCAGAACGGGCAAAACGUGAGGAAGAGCUUCGAGAAUAUCAGGAGCGGGUCAAGAAGUUAGAAGAAGUAGAGAGGAAAAAACGCCAGAGGGAGCUGGAAAUUGAAGAAAGGGAGCGUCGUAGAGAGGAAGAGAGAAGACUUGGUGAAGAUCCACUUUCUAGAAAGGACUCUCGCUGGGGAGACAGAGAUUCAGAAGGUACAUGGAGAAAAGGACCUGAAGUCGAAUCUGAGUGGAGAAGAGGCCCACCAGGCCCACCAGAGAAGGAGUGGAGACGUGGAGAAGGGCGAGAUGAGGAGAGGCCUGUUAGAAGAGAUGAAGAUCGCCCAAGGCGGUUGGGAGAAGAUGAAGAUAGAGAGUCUUCUGUUAGACCAGAUGAAGAUCGGAUUCCCAGGCGGGGCAUGGAUGAUGACAGAGCCCCUCGACGUGGUCCUGAUGAAGAUAGGUUCCCUCGCCGUGGGGCAGAUGAGGAUCGGCCUUCCUGGCGCAAUGCGGAUGAUGACAGGCCCCCCAGGCGAAUUGGUGAUGACGACAGGCCCCCUAGGCGACUCGGUGAUGACGACAGGCCCCCCAGGCGACUCGGUGAUGACGACAGGCCUCUCAGACGAAUCGGUGAUGAAGAUAGGGGAAGCUGGCGGCAUAUGGAUGAUGAUAGACCACCUAGACGAGGGCUGGAUGAGGACAGAGGAAAUUGGCGGGCAGCUGAUGAGGACCGAGGACCAAGACGUGGUAUGGAUGAAGAUCGGGGGCCACGGCGAGGAGGUGCUGAUGAUGAGCGGUCAUCCUGGCGUAAUGCGGAUGAUGACCGAGGCCCAAGGAGAGGCCUGGAUGAUGACCGGGGGCCCAGGCGCGGGCUGGAUGAUGACCGGGGGCCCAGGCGCGGGCUAGAUGAAGAUCGAGGACCUUGGAGGAAUGCCGAUGAUGAUAGAAUUCCCAGGCGUGGUACAGAUGAUGACAGGGGUCCUUGGAGAAACAUGGAUGAUGACCGGAUCUCAAGACGGGCUGAUGAUGAUCGCAUUCCCAGCAGAAGGGGCGAGGACUCAAGACCUGGUCUCUGGAGACCAUUUGUCAAGCCAGGUGGAUGGAGAGAGAAAGAAAAAGCCAGAGAAGAAAGUUGGGGUCCACCUCGAGAAUCAAGACCACCAGAAGAACGUGAAUGGGACAGAGAAAAAGAAAGAGAGAGAGAUGGUCAAGAUCGUGAAGAGAAUGACAAGGAUCCAGAGAGAGAAAGGGACAGAGAGAGAGAUGGGGAACGAGAGGAUCGCUUCCGAAGACCGAGGGAUGAAGGAGACUGGAGAAGAGGGCCAGCUGAGGAAGCUUCGAGCUGGAGAGAUUCAGGUCGCCGUGACGAUAGAGAUAGAGAUGACCGCCGACGUGAGAGGGAUGAUCGCCGAGACCUAAGAGACCUAAGAGAAAGACGAGAUGACAGAGACCGCAGGGGACCUCCUAUCAGAUCAGAGCGUGAAGAAGUGAGCUCCUGGAGACGUGCUGAUGACAGGAAAGAUGACCGUGCAGAGGAGCGGGAUGCCCCUCGUCGUGUUCCUCCUCCAGCUCUUUCAAGAGAUCGAGAGAGAGACCGAGACCGGGAAAAAGAAGGUGAAAAAGAGAAGGCCUCAUGGAGAGCUGAGAAAGAGAAGGAAUCUCUUCGUCGUACUAAAAAUGAGACUGAUGAAGAUGGAUGGACUACAGUACGACGUUAA